UAUAUAGUGCAAAUAUUUAAAAUAAAUAUAUUUAAAAAAAUCAAAAAUAAAAACAGAAAAUAAAAACUCACAAGCAUAACCAAGACAACACAAGAUUAUAUUACAGAAAUUUAUAGCACAAACUAAGGAAGAAAAGAACCAAACAGCUACAACAUGUUAAAGUUAAGCAUUGUCUUUGGCUUGCUGGCGUCUAUAAUCUGGCGUACAACGCCGACAAAUUGUCGCCAGACCCACAAUCAAACACAGAACAUCAAUCAAUUGGCAGCCUUAAAUAUUGAACGUUAUAUGGAUGCAACGGCACGACCUUGUGAGAAUUUCUAUCAAUAUGCUUGUGGCAAUUGGUAUCAGCAGCAUAUUGAUGAAUUGGAUUAUGGUGAUGUCUUGGGCUUAAUGGAUUAUGAAUUGAAUCGUAAAUUGGAGCACUUAUUACGCAAACCCAGCACAGAGCAGUUAAUGGGCUCUGAUGGUAAUAGGACGGAAGAAAAUUUAACCGAUCAUGCAUUGAGUACCACAGAAAUGUCUCCAGGGGCAGAGGAGUACUCUUGGGGCAUAGGACAAUCGGCUACAGUUUAUGAUAAAGUUUGGACAUACUACAAGUCUUGUAAGAAAGUCAAGCCCUAUAAUUUGAAAAAAUAUCUGCAACUUAUUCAACCCGGUAGGGGAGUACACUGGAGUGUGUUGGCCAAGCAGGGUGGACGUAAAUGGAAUUCAGAGAAAUUUGAUUGGUUGGAAAGCAUAGCCAGAUUGAGAUUGUACGGCUUAAAUGGUGUUUUGCUUAAGGAACAGGUUUUACCCCGAUGGGAUGAAUCCACUUCAAUGAGCAUUUACCUGGACAAACCUGAUCUGGCUGAAACUUUGGCCAUGGGAGAGGGUGUCAUCAUUGAGUUGCUCAUGGAUAUAGGGCAAACCAAACGUGUGGCCAAUGAAAUUGCACGUGAUGUAAAUCGUUUUGAGUUCCAAUUGCACAAACUGCAAGAACUGGAGGAUGAGGAGGGACCCAAAGAAAUGCAAUUAAGCUAUUUGCAAGAAUAUAUGCCCCAAAUCGAUUGGUUGUCAUAUCUCAAGGAGCUCAAAGGUCCCGACACCGAUUUAGCCACCACGGUCAUAAUACAAAAUAUACCAUAUAUGAGAUCUUUGGUAAAACUGCUCAAUACAGUUGAUUCUUCUACCCUGUGCAACUAUAUCAUGCUGAAAUUCCUUAUCUAUCUGAAAGCCCAAGGGCCCAAUGAAAUCUCGCGCCAAGAGUGUAUAGCCAGCUUGAGAAGAUCUAUGCCUUUGGCUUUAAGCUAUAUGGUGGGUGUGCACUACUAUAAAGAUGCCGAGAAAAAUGAUCAGCAGCUGGAGAAAAUCUUUAAACAUCUCAAGCAAAGUUUCCACAAUAUUAUACAAGAAAAUCGCUUACAAUUGCCUGAAACUAUAGUACAAACUCAACUGCAGAAAAUCGAUACAAUGCAGCUGAGAGUGGGUUUUGCUCCCAGGAAUAUAUCGCAUGAAUACUUUGACAUGUACUAUGAGCGUGUAACCUUAGAUCCCAAUAAUUUCUAUGCCAAUCAGCUGAGCUUGUUAAGACUUACCGUGGAGCAUAGUCAUGAAACUCUUGAUCCUCUCUCCAAUCCUGAUCUGUUAGCCGAUGAGGCUGUUAUAUCUGCUGAAUGGCUGGGCAGCUCUUCCUCUCCUUUGUAUAUUAAAUCCCGUAAUGUGGUAAUUAUACCUUAUGGCUUUAUGCACAUGCCCAUCUAUCAUCGCAAUUUGAGAGACAUAUUUAAAUACUCGGUGCUGGGCUUUUCUCUGGCCCAUGAAAUGCUACAUGGUUUCGAUUCCUCGGGCAUUGACUAUGACAGUGCUGGUAAUAUUAUGGGUCCCAGUGAGGAGAUCUCGGCCAAUCAACGUUUCAUACAGGGCCUGCGUUGCAUGCAAAACGAAUUGGCCACCGGCUCACGCAGUCUCAAUGAGAAACUGGCCGAUUAUGAAGGCAUACGUUUGGCCUAUAAUGCCUACUUCACGCUUAACUCUUCCAAUGACAUACAUCAUCAUUUCUCCAAGGCCAUGCGUUCCAGAUUUCUGGUGCAGUUUACACCUCAGCAGCUGUUUUUCCUGAAUUUUGCACAAUUUUUCUGUGGUAAGGUGCAUCCGAAAUUGACACAUUCUGCCUAUUUGGAUCAUGCUUUGGAUGAGCUGAGAGUUCUGCAGACAUUGGCCAAUUUUGAGGAGUUCGGUAGAGUGUUUAACUGUGAGAAAAAGGAUAAAAUGCAGUCCAGACAUCGUUGUAGAUUGUGGUGAGAUUAGUAAAUUGUAUUUAUAAACUUGAAGUGAUUGAAAUAAAACUGUGAAAUUUUAAAUGAAAGAAA